CUCGCUCAAAAGGUCUAACAGACACAUACAACAUCUACGAAAGAAUACAUCCAAUUUCAACCCCUGCCCAAGAUGCUUCGUCAAUACCUUACCAUUCUCCUUGCGACUGUCUUAGCGGCUGCGACGGUCAAUGCGGUGGGAUGCUGUGUUCUACCGGAUCCAGAUGGAGGAUGCGCAUCUACCGAUGAUGCGGAUGGAUGUGCUCAAGCUGGCGCAGCUUGGACAGGAACGCCUUGCGGAACCACUUGCGGAAAGUGACCGUUCGAAGCAGGCUGGGCGAAUGAGACUCAAGGUGGUUUAUAAUGUGCCCGUCAAGAUUGAAGCACAAGUCGAUGGUCCAAGCUCGAGCGAGACUCAUACGGGUAGUCCGGGGCCUGAUUCAUUUCUAGUUGAGUGAAAUCUAGUUACACAAGAGCCUGUACGCAUUCGAGGACUGUAUUCUGUCGCUGUUUUGAGGAAGCCCGUCUGCUACAUGGCGGUCAUAAACAUGUUGCUUCGACUGUUUUGUAUUUUCGAUCAUACCAUUGCAAUGGGUCGGGCCACUGACAAGUUGUGCAUCGAUGCUCCCUGGCUCAUCGGUCGCUGCGCUCAUCACAAAGCGGAAGAAUAUCACCUUAGACCAAAAUCCACUUCAAGAUCAG